AUGGACUGCUCUAUUUUGCACAAUUUAUGGUUCUACGUCCCCUUUAUUCUCAAUAUCAUACUGUUUUUCUUUGCCGUCUGGAGUGUGUUUUUUCAUUCGGAGAGCCAAACUGAUGACAAAUCGAAGAGAUACUUGUACUUCUGUCUUGUUGCGUGAGUUUUGAAUUUUUUCUAGAUACCGAGGUCUCCAACACACUUAAACUAAAAUCCUUGUGCAAAUUAAACUUUUCAGGUAUCUCUUGAUGAACACACAAAUUUUUUCAACACCUGUGUUUUACCACGAAUCUUCGAUCGGCUUUUCGAUGGGGAUUUUGAGGUUUUGCGGUGCUUCUUUGCAUAUCGAUUGGGCCUUGGGCUCUGUGGUUGGACCAGGUGACUUUUUUGCCAUUUUAUCAUUUUAUGAUGAAUUUUUUUUCUGAAAAAAAACUCAAAAAAAAGAAGAGCAAAAUAUAUGUUCAUAAAAUUAAUCUAUUUCCUUCUGUCAAAAGCGUUAGAAAUAACAACUUGUUCAGUGGGUUGCGUGAUGCUUUUACACUUCUUUCACUCCCGCUACACGAGCCAAAUGAUGGUGAAUUGUGAGGCUUGGCUUUUCGAUGAGAAAAAGAAGUUCUACGUGCUGAACUCUCAGUUUAUCAUUGCUCUCCUUUUUGCCGUUCCGGUCAUCUUGGAUCACGAAAGUUUAUCGGGCGAGAGCGUUAUAACAGAAGUGAGUUUUUGAUUUGUUCAUGAUUGUCAGAUCUGAGAAAGUUUCCACCAAUUUAAAUAUUUCUAUCUCCCAAAUAUGUUUUCGAAAAGCCCUUCGAAACGUCGUUAUGAAAAACAUUCAGAAACAGAAAAGAAGACAUUCAGAACAUUAUUGGACGAAACUUUUACGAAAACCCAAAGUGCGCCCUACAAAUUCUUAGAAUCUUAAUGAAAAUGACACCCGUUUUCAUAUAAUUUUUUCAGGACGCCAACUGCACCAUGAUCGAAAUUGACAUGGAUAAGCUCGGCAAGGCAACGCUCAGUGAGAAGUUGUUCGCUGUCGCGGGUUUCAGCGCAAGUUUGGCCAUCAUAAUUCAAGUGGCAGUGCUCUUGAUGCACUAUAACAGAGAAAUAGCUCUGUGGAGCUCAAGACUGAACCAGGAAAUGACCGAAAGAUUGCAGCGUUUAGUCUACCGAACGGCAGCACAGGUUCGGUUUUGAAAAAGUUUGAAGGACCCAUUCUGACAAUUCAUGAAAUCAAAAAAAAAAUUUGAAAACUAAGGAAUGCGCGAAAAACUUUUUUCCAUCUCAAGGAAAAAACUUUUGAUGUUUCAACUAGCAUUUUAAGGUGUCGGUCACCAUCUUGCUCUACUUCGCCCCGAUGUUAUUUUUCCAGUUCUGCAUGUUUUUUGCCAUUUACCAUCCUGGUUUGAAAUUUUCAUUUUUCUCAGAUCCCAUUAUUAUUAACGUUCAGAUCUGAAUAGAAUCGCGCAACAAGCUCUCGUUCUUCACGGAAGCGCUGGUAUCAUCGUUCUUCUAUUGACAUAUGAGUCUUACCGAGCUUAUCUGAUAUCCGUGAUAUUCUGUGAGUUUCUUUGUCACACACUUUCUCACCAUGGACAGAGCAAUUUCAGGUGUUCCAGCUCUUUUUCUGCGAGCUUGCAUUGUAUGUCGGCUCAUCAAUCCCUCUCCAGACGUUCACGAAGUAGGCGAUAUCGAACUCGAAGAAGUGAACAACAUCAGUGUUGCGACCGUCGAGUCUGUGGUGUAG